UUAACAUAUAUUUACAUAUACGUAGUCAUCAGAGAGGGAGAGAGCGAGAGAUCUAGAUAGUGAAAAGUUUCCUAAUCAAUGGAAGGGGUUCACAACACAAACCCGAUGUUAACCCUAGAAGAAGGCGAAAACAGCAAUCCUUUUCCUUCCUUUGAUGAAAAAACCUUGAUGAUGAUGGCUCCUUCGUUAAUGUUUACCGGCGAUGCAGGUCCAUCUUCUUCUUCUUGUUCUCCAGCAAGUUUCCAUCUAUCUGCUCAGCCGGAGAACCGUCAGGGAGGUGGAGGAGAUAUGGGAGGAUUAGUGAGUAAUGAUAGCGAUCAUAGUAAUAAUCAUUGCAAUAAAGGAAAAGGAAAGAGAUCUCCGGCAAUGCAGAGGAUAGCGUUUCAUACGAGGAGUGAUGAUGAUGUUCUUGAUGAUGGUUAUCGUUGGCGAAAGUACGGUCAGAAAUCUGUAAAGAACAAUGCUCAUCCCAGGAGCUAUUACAGAUGUACAUACCACACAUGCAACGUGAAGAAACAAGUGCAGAGAUUGGCAAAAGAUCCAAACGUUGUUGUAACAACCUACGAAGGUGUUCAUAACCAUCCUUGUGAGAAGCUCAUGGAGACUCUUAGUCCUCUCCUUAGGCAACUUCAGUUCCUCUCCAGAGUUUCUGAUCUGUGAUUUGAAUGUUAACUAGUUGGUGUAAUUAUUUAAUUAUGCUUUAAUCGCUCUAUUGAGCCCUCAUCUCCCAAGAGAUAAAAUGUAUAGAAAAAAUUUGAGAUCAUAGAUGUUUAUGUUUAUUCCGAUGAUUUGUGUUUGCUUUUGAUUUGCGUCUAAUUGUCUCCUUGUUGUGAAUUGAUUGUUUAGUUUUAGCCUUUUAGGUGAACGAUCAUAUAUAGACAUUUAC